AUGAAUUCACUGGCAGCUUUAAGCACUGAAGGAGAAAAUUGUGUUUGUUUCUGGCAAACAUGAAGUCAGAUCUCUGGUAUUUCUCUCUCUUCUGCUUCCAAGUUGAAGUUCUAACAGGAGAAUUCAAUGCUUCUGCCACGUCUGAGAUGUUUAUAUUUCACAAUGGAGGUGUACAAAUUUUAUGCAAAUACCCUGAUACUGUCCAACAAUUUAAAAUGCAGUUGUUGAAAGGAAAUAAUAUACUCUGUGAUCUCACUAAAACAAAGGGAAGCGGAGACAAGGUGUCCAUCACGAAUCUGAACGUCUGUCAAUUUCAGUUAUCCAAUAACAGUGUCUCUUUUUUUCUGUAUAACUUGGACAGUUCUCAUGCCAGCUAUUACAUCUGCAAACUAUCAAUUUUUGAUCCUCCUCCUUUUCAAGUAGAUAUUCUAAGCAAAGAAUAUUUGAAUAUUUACGAAUCACAGGUUUGUUGCCAGCUGAAGUUCUGGUUACCCAUAGGAUGUGCGGCUUUUGUUGUAGUGUGCAUUUUUGGAUGUGUCCUUACAUGUUGGCUUACAAAAAAGAAGUAUCCUUCCAGCAUGCACGACCCUAAUAGUGAAUACAUGUUCAUGGCAGCAGUGAACACUGCUAAAAAGCCUGGACCCACAGAUGUGACCCGUAAUUUGGAACUCUCUGGCACCCAGGCAUGAGCCGCACUGGCCAGUUCCCUCCAACUUGAAGAGCAAGAUUCUCUAUUUCCUGGACCACAGAGAGUCUGACUUGAUUUGACUACAUACAUCUUUUGCCGAUAUUUUGUUCCGUCUGGACCAGUGACUAUAUCAGUCAAUAGGGGUUUUAACAGACUGCCUUAGUACCGUUAGAGUUCUCUCAAAACAAAUACCCUCUCGCAACUAGCUUUAUAGAAAGCCCAGCUUGUGUGUGCUCAACAAACAGACCUCACUGGGAUGGAAACCCUGUCUUCAGAUCUGCUUCUAAGCAAUGCAUCAGCCAGGAGAACAAACACAUCUAUAAAAAUGUUUUAAAGAUGUCAAGGGUAUGGAAUCUGCAAAGCAAAUGGACAGCUGAGGGCCAGAGUCUGUCUGCAUUUCACUAACAGACUACCUCUUCUUUCUGUAGGGAGGAGCAUUCCUUUUAUAAUCAGGCAGUAGAGGGAGAUGCUUCAAAACUGCAGUAAUUUUAUCUCUGAGGUGUGGCUAUGUAAGGAUAGCCUACUAAUACAGUGGAACACAGUACCCUUCUCCAACUUCUGAACCCCAGUUGACCACUGCACAAGCAAUUUAGGUGCCUUCUUCUGCCCUCAAUUUUCCUUUUAGAAAUACUUCCACAUAAGUACUUGACAGAUACUCUGAGUUGGGAGCUAUGUCUACAUUUUUUCCUUCUGCUGCUUAGUUUCAUAUAUAUAGCUGCAGCCUAGUGAAUAUAACUUGCCUAUAUUCUCCCUAAAUAAGCAUAUUUUUUGCUCCAGAAAGAUAUCUUAUUUUCCCAAAUUCAGUUCAAAUGGUUUACUUUGCUGACUCAUUGACACCAGUAGUAGGAAACAUUGCCCAGAAUCAAAAGUGACUUCAUUUUUUGAUAUUCUUUUCUACCGUUAUCUGUGUUUUCAUGGUGCUAUUAAUUACAAGCUAGGCUAGUUUUGGAGAUCAUGCUAAAAUUGCAAGCAAACAAAGGAAUCCAUCUUUCACUGUCAAGCAUUGUCCUGGGAGAUAGAACCCAUGAUCUAUUCAGCAUGAAACCUGCAGUUCCUAGAGGUCACUGCCAAACUAUAGCCGCGCUGCCUCUGGGCUGUAUAGGUUGAAACAGCCCCCAUCAGCCUGGAGCAGCCAUCCAGACCUGGGUGGAAUUCCCAGAAUUGAGAAACUCCGCUUAGCCAGGACAAACAGGUGCUCUUGCCCCCAAAGGCUGAAGUCACCCUGGGGACCAGAGUGGGUUUGCCUGCAUUUUCCUCCAGGAUCUGUGAAGAAGCACAGAUGUGUCAAGGAACAUCUGUAUGAUUCCGUCUCCUAGAAACCAUUCAGCCUGGAAACCGACCCUGGCCCUUCAAGGCAGUCUUCCUUUGAAUUUGGUUUAGCUGGAAAGAUUCUUAAGUACAUGUGACAUGUGAUUAUUCUUAGCUGAAAUACUUUCUCCACUUCCUGUCUGCAUACCCAAGGCUUCUGAAGCAGCCAAUGUGUAUGCAACAAUAUUUCCAACUUAGGUAAAAAAGGGAUUAUUUAGUAGUUUUAAAACUUGUAGUUGCCUGCUUAUAGUUUACUUUAAAAGUGAGACCUGAUAUGUCAUUAUACAUACUUAUUUUAAGCAUGUGUGAUGCUGGAUAUGUACAGUACAGUACUGAACGUGUAAUUUGAAUCAAGUACGGUGUUUCGCUGACUUGGGCAACCUGGCUCUCUUGGCAGAGGUGUUCUCUGAGUUGUUUGUGGGUUUCUGCGUGGGUGUCAAGUGGGGAGGACCACUCUCAUGUGGUCUGCUUCUCCUGAUUGUCCAAGUUGUGCCCUGAAGCAUCCUCAUCCUUAGCCCUGUACAUUUCAAAGUGAAUUAUUAAAGAAUACAGUUUCUGUGAAAUAAAAACUGGUUUUAAGAGGAGCUAAUUAUGAAAUACAUUUUUGUAGUAGUAGGAAACUAAAGAAUAAACAUUUGAUGUUCAGCUGAAAAUAUCUGUUUUCUUGGGGGAGGGAAAUGAUUACUGUAGCCAGCACUUGCAAAUUUGACCUUGUUCUUAAAGAUCGUUACACUGCUUGGAACAGUUCCUCUUUUCUUUUUUUUUUUUUUUUUUGCGGUACGCAGGCCUCUCACUGUUGUGGCCUCUCCCGUUGCGGAGCACAGGCUCCGGACGCGCAGGCUCAGCGGCCGUGGCUCACGGGCCCAGCCGCUCCGCGGCAUGUGGGGUUUUUCCGGACCAGGGCACGAACCCAUGUCCCCUGAAUCGGCAGGCGGACUCUCAACCACUGUGCCACCAGAGAAGCCCUUUUUUUUGUU